UUCGGAAGAACGCACGGGGCCCCCUCUCGCCUGCUGUUGAAUGCGGUUGUGGCUGCGCUGUCCCAGGUGCUGGACCGCCGAGCCUGUCGCGUCCGUCUGCGGCACACGCGUCGAGCCGUGACUGAACGCGGUUUCCCCAGCUGAGACGGGAGGGAGGCGGAUUGUCGCGAAUGCUAAACAAUCGCACGCCGGUGCCGGUUAAUACAACCUCCUCAAAGUAAAUGGGAUUUCACGUCCUCAGAUUGUUUGAAGGAUGGAGAGAUUUUCGCUGUCUGCCGCGCUGCUGCUGAUUCUGACCUGUCUCGGCUUAUCUUUGGUCUCGGCAGACAGUCUGACGGCUCCGGUGAACGUGACGAUCAGGGCGCUGAAGGCCAACUCUGCCGUGGUGUCCUGGGACAUCCCCGAGGGGGACCCCAUCAUCGGAUUCGCCAUCACCCAGCAGAAGAAGGAUGUGCGUAUGCUGCGGUUCAUCCAGGAAGUGAACACCACCACCCGCUCCUGUGCAUUAUGGGACUUGGAGGAGGAGACGGACUACAUCGUGCACGUUCAGUACCUCAGCAUGAGUGGGCCCAGCCCGCCCAGCGAAGCACUGCUCUUCCGCACCCCCAAGGAGGCUGAGCAGCUGGCCUCCAAGAGCAAGGACGAGGUGAAGAUGGAGGGGGUGGGCCAGACCACUCAGCUAAGAGCGGGGGAGCUCAUCAUCAUCGUGGUGGUGCUGAUCAUGUGGGCAGGCGUGAUCGCGCUGUUCUGUCGUCAGUAUGACAUCAUCAAAGAUAACGAGCCCAACAACAAUAAGGACAAGGCCAAGACCUCGUCAGAGUGCAGUACCCCAGAGCACCCGACGGGGGGGCUACUGCGCAGCAAGUUCCCCAAGAACAGCAGGAAGCCGUCUGUGAACAUCAUCGAGGUGUGACUCCGCCCAUUCCCGAAUCUCGCGUCGGAGAAACGUUGACGAGACGAAAACGGAACAAAGAUUAAACUCGAUUAAGCCCAGGCUCCCUUCUGCUGCUGCAACCGCUGCACGGCAUUCUGGGAAGAGCCGGGGAUUGUGGGAAAGGCCUCCCUGCCCGCCCUUUUGAUGGCGGGACAGGCGUUUUUGACGGGGAGGUUCUCCGGGGUGGAGGGGUCCCCGGGGCGGAUCGGACCAGGCUGGAGCGCAGGCCUGCGGGGGGACCUCCCGGCAGAGAGACCACGGGCGCAUUUUGGGGUCCCCCCCUCCCCCUGUCGUCCACACUGAGGAGUUUUUGGGGAAACCAGGACAAAGCCAUGCACUACGGGGGGGGGCAGGUCUGCAGAUAACAGGACCCUUUACCUCAACCUCACACCACGUUACCGCUAAACGCUCAGACCCUCAAACACCUCUCCCUCUCUUUCUCUCUCUCUGUCUCCCUCCUUCUCCCUCUCUCUCCUUCUCUCUCCCUCCUUCCCACUCUCCCUCUG